GUGCAGCGGCGGGGCAUGCCCAGGGCACCGGGCACGGCCUUCAAUGGGCGAGGACACGGACACGCGGAAAAUUAACCACAGCUUCCUGCGGGACCACAGCUAUGUGACUGAAGCCGAUAUCAUCUCUACUGUUGAGUUCAACCAUACCGGAGAGCUGCUGGCCACAGGCGACAAGGGUGGCCGGGUUGUCAUCUUCCAGCGGGAACCGGAGAGUAAAAAUGCGCCUCACAGCCAAGGCGAGUAUGACGUCUACAGCACCUUCCAGAGCCAUGAGCCUGAGUUCGAUUAUCUCAAGAGUCUGGAGAUAGAGGAGAAAAUCAACAAGAUCAAGUGGCUUCCGCAGCACAAUGCCGCCCACUCCCUGCUGUCCACCAACGAUAAAACUAUCAAACUAUGGAAGAUCACGGAACGAGAUAAAAGGCCCGAGGGAUAUAACCUGAAAGAUGAAGAAGGAAAGCUUAAGGACUUGUCCACAGUGACGUCACUGCAGGUGCCUGUGCUGAAGCCCAUGGAUCUGAUGGUGGAGGUGAGCCCACGGAGGGUCUUCGCCAACGGCCACACCUACCACAUCAACUCCAUCUCCGUCAACAGUGACUGUGAGACGUACAUGUCGGCGGACGACCUGCGCAUCAACCUCUGGCACCUGGCUGUCACCGACAGGAGCUUCAACAUCGUGGACAUCAAGCCAGCCAAUAUGGAGGACCUCACGGAAGUGAUCACAGCGUCUGAGUUUCACCCCCACCACUGCAACCUCUUUGUCUACAGCAGCAGCAAGGGCUCCCUGCGUCUCUGCGACAUGCGUGCAGCCGCUCUGUGUGACAAGCACUCCAAACUAUUCGAAGAGCCUGAGGACCCCAGUAACCGCUCCUUCUUCUCCGAGAUCAUCUCCUCUGUGUCGGAUGUGAAGUUCAGCCACAGUGGCCGGUACAUGCUCACCCGGGAUUAUCUCACAGUCAAAGUCUGGGACCUGAACAUGGAGGCGAGGCCCAUAGAGACCUACCAGGUCCAUGAUUACCUUCGGAGCAAGCUCUGUUCCCUGUAUGAAAAUGACUGCAUCUUUGACAAGUUUGAAUGUGCCUGGAACGGGAGUGACAGUGUCAUCAUGACUGGGGCCUACAACAACUUCUUCCGCAUGUUUGACCGGAACACCAAGCGGGACGUGACCCUGGAGGCGUCGAGGGAGAGCAGCAAGCCCCGGGCCGUGCUCAAGCCACGGCGCGUGUGCGUGGGCGGCAAGCGCAGGCGGGACGACAUCAGUGUGGACAGCCUGGACUUCACCAAGAAGAUCCUGCACACGGCCUGGCACCCGGCCGAGAACAUCAUCGCCAUCGCAGCUACCAACAACCUGUACAUCUUCCAGGACAAGGUGAACUCCGAGAUGCACUAGGUGGGCACAGAGCCCCGUCUGGGAUAUGACCACCGAGCGGCCCAGCCAGGCUGCCUCUGCUGGCCACGCUCUCUGUUUGGAAACAGGAGUCAGGAGGGUUCACAGCCACGGACCUUGAAAUGGGCGUGAUCGUCGCCUUGGGGUCCUGGCCCUUCAUUCCCGUCCUUAACCGUGUGCUGCCUGCUCCACGAUUAGGACUUGGACUUCUCCAGGCUCACACUUCACUUCUUCCAGCAGCAACUCUGAGGGGAAGCAGGCGCCCUGAGAACACCCCUCCCCGCCAGGGGGCCCCAGAUCAGGGCUCUGGGGACAGAGGACAGGACGGACUCAAACAAGCCAGCCAGGGAUUCUUUUGAUUAUCAGUGGAGCAAUUUUCACUGUCUCAGAGCCGAGGGUCUUCCCUUGGCUUUUUGAAUCAUGAAUUCAUGCUGAGAAUUGGCAGGUGCAAGCUGCUCUUUUAGACUGUUUUAAGUCUUUCAAUACCCCAGGUCCGGCGUUUCCAGAGAGGAGAGGGGGGCAGUGAAACCCACCCGUGCGUGUGCCUGUCCUCCUCACCAUGUCCCUAACCUUUGCUGAGCACGGGCCAGGGGCCAGACAUGGUGCUCGGCCCAUUAGGUGCGUGUGUGGAUUCAGUCCCCUCUCCACGGGGCUCUGCUGUCCCGCAUCAGGGUCACUGGGCGCCUCGUGGGAGCUCACGAGGGCUCUGUCUGUGACUCUGGAAGGUGGGUGUCUGUUCACUUACUCCGUUCACUUACACCAGCCCCUCAUUGAGUACUGGGCUUUGCCAGGUGCCAGGGACAAAAGGUGAAGAAUUGUCCUUCCUACUCUGCACACGAGGCAGCGGGCCCUGACAGCAUGAACAGUCGGUCAAAGGCACGCACCGAACAAGUGGUAGAGUCAGGAAUCCUGGGCAGGUCUUCACGCACACUGCCUGCUUUCUGACUCACCAUGUCAGCUACUCGCGUUAAAGCAGCAUUCUUGUGUGGAAGGUUCUGGAAACACCCCUUCAUCUUGGGGGGCUCGGCAGAGCACAUGGGUAAUGACGAGGGUCCAGCGGGGUGACCCGAGCUGCAGCACGGAGAAUGGAGAAGACCCCGGUGGUGCCAAGCUCUGUGUGGUGACUUCAGACCCCCCCGACACCUCGGGGGCGCCUUGCUGCACCCAUCUCUCUACCCCAGCCCCUUGUUCGGGUGCACUGAGCUGCCUCCAGGAGGAACUUGCAUGUUAGGACCAUUUCAAGAUACAUUUUCGUUAAUGACCCGGCCUCGGAGGACUCUUUCCUGAGGGCCACAGAGAAUGCUGUGCUCCUGCUGCACAGAUGUGGAUACCGGCUCUGCCCACCCUGCCCAAUCAUUCUCCCCGUGUGUGAUUACAGUGAACCACUGGCUGUGCGUGGCAUUCAGAGAACAGAGCGUGGAGCCCGAAGCCAACAUUUUUUUUUUUUUUUACAAGAUGUAACCAACCCAGGAAACAGACCCACCCGAGAUUUUUCUCAGUGGACAGCGAUAUACUGUCGUGUGUGUCAAAGCACAAAACGCAUGUGCAUUCACUUCCAGCCAUAUGAUAUUUACACAAGGAAAUGGGUCCAUUGUUUCGUUUUGGUUUUUUGUUUUUGUUUUUCAAAUCAACAUGAAUGAAGAAUGUUUGUUUCUCUAUCACUGUAAAAUCCAGGUGACCUGGACAGUAUUAUAUGUACAUAAUCUAUUCUAAUUAAAAUUAACAAUCACAGGAUUGGAUUCCUUUUUUUCUCCCUUUGUAAAGAGGUUCAAGAAUGUGGUACCUUGUAUAGAAAUCUCGUUGAAGCCAAAAUCCAGCUCUGAGGGCCUUACACAAUUACACGGAUAUUUGGCACAAUCCAUUUCCCUUUGUGAUUCAGACACUAAGAUAAGACUUUGCCUUUGCAGCUGGAGGUUACUGUCAGAUCAUAGAGUUCACACUAUCUACAGAGUACGCCUCUUAACACUGCGUUCAGAGAAGGUCUUAAUACAGUUCCUGGUUCUUUACUUCUCUUUUACACUUUGGAUACCAAACCAAAAAGGAAAAGAAAGAAAGAAAAUGAUCUUAGAGGAAAAGCAUGUCUUCAGAUCCCUGAAAAUCAUGAUGUCCAAAGCAAGUUGUGAAUAAUGACACAUGUUGGGGGGGAGGGGCAAGACUAGUCACAGAGAUGGGCCAGUAAGAUAGUCACUCUGCUUCUUACUCUGUUUAAAUUUUCUGCUCUUCUUGAAUGUAUGAGCAUUCACAUAGUCAUUGUGAAGUUGUUGGGUCGUUCUGUUUUUAUUCUAAUACUCCAAGGACUGAGCUCUUGGUGGCGUUGGGUACGUGGUGGUAGGUAGACAGACCUAAUCACUUUGGAUUCUAUAGCUCAUGGGUGCAUUCUGGUUUUCUUUGGUAUCUCAGAUUAUCCAACUGUUGAAUAAAAUUAUAAAUAUGUUAAUACCAGCUUUUUCAAAUAAAAUAACAAAUGUUACAUUGAA